AUGUCUGGUCCCAGGCGAGGUGCAGCUUACACAAUUGACAGUAUUCUGGGACAUCGACGCACGCAUGAUCGUGUGGAGAUGAAGACAGAAAGCGGCACGCAAUCCGACUCCGAUCCCGAUCACGAUCACGACCAUGACCACGAUCGCGAUCACGAUCACGAUAACGACCAGGACGGCGAGCUCACGCACACCCACGAGCACGAGCACGAGCACGAGCACGGCGAACACAUGGAUGCCCUCGACGCUGGACGUCCGCGCAAGGUGCGUCGCAGCCGAACCACUUUCACCACGUACCAGCUGCACGAGCUGGAACGCGCCUUCGACAAGACGCAGUAUCCCGACGUGUUCACGAGGGAGGAGCUCGCGUUGCGGCUGGAUCUCAGCGAGGCCAGAGUGCAGGUGUGGUUCCAGAAUCGACGAGCCAAAUGGCGCAAGCGUGAGAAAGCACUGGGACGCGAGCACGCACCCUUCUUACACCACGAGCACGGUGGUGAGUGGGGCGGGGAGUGGGGCGCGGGGGAGUGGUGGGCGCUGGGGCUGGGCGCGCUGCCGGCGCCGCUGUGGCGCGACGCGCCUCCCGCCGCCGCCUUCCGAGCGCUCCUGCACAGGUACGUGCUGGCGUUGCCGCCUGCACCGCCUUCGCCGCAUCCCCGCUCCCCCUCCCCGUCGGGCGCGCGCCCCUCCCCACCCCGCGAGUCAGGCUCGGCCCAGCCGCCGGCUCUCCCCGCGCCCCUCGCGCACCCGGCGCUGGCGCACGCGCCGCACGCCGCGCUGGCCGCGCACCCGGCGGACGCGCUGCGCUUGCGCGCGCACGAGGCGCUGCUGCACGAGCGCAUCAGCGGUCGGGUACACACGUAA